AUGGCCAUAGCUCAAGUUCACAAUUGCUUGUACACUUCUGUUAGAGAUGUUUGCAUCGCAAACCCAACGAGAAUUUCACCCGUAGUUCGAAUUCCCCAAAAGGGUUCUGUCAAAAUUGGAACUGCAUUCGCAACUGGAACUCCUCUAUUGAUUCAGAAAGCUUCUUAUUCAACAAAAGCUUCGAGUAAAUCAACUUCAGUUUCAAUAAGAUGCGAGCAGAGUGCCAAGGAUAGCAACAGUUUGGAUGUAUGGCUCGGCCGGUUCGCGAUGAUUGGCUUUGCGGCAGCUAUUAGUGUCGAAAUAGCGACAGGCAAAGGACUUCUGGAGAAUUUUGGUCUGACGGGCCCUUUACCAACAGUUGCUUUGGCUGUCACGGGAUUAGUGGGUGUUCUAACAGCUAUAUUCAUUUUCCAAUCUGCCUCAAAGAAUUGA